CACAUAUCGACGUCGAACACCACAAAAUCCCAUACACCACAUCAUGUCCGCUGCCGGCCUUCCUUCACAAGAUCUCCCGCCUCAGGGUGGGUACGAGCCCGUCCAGUACAAGCGUAACCUGCCAAUGCGCGGUUUCCGUCCAUCUUACUACCUCUUGGGAAUGGGUCUCAUUUGCGGUUACGGAUUCUACGCGUUCGGUAAGGGUGUUCAUGAGAGAAGAGAGUUGAAGCGCGAGAAGACCUGGUCCCGUAUCUACCUCACCGCCGUCCUCCAGGCCGAAGUCGACAGAGACAACUACCGCAGACACCUUGCCGCAGUUAAGAGAGAAGAGGCGAUCAUGAGCCAAGUUCAGGGAUGGGAGGCCGGAAAGAGUGUAUACAACGGUGAUAGGUUCGUGCAGUCGCAGUACCUUGUCAUCCCCAAGGAGAUGAAGUAGGGGUCGGGUGCUGGGAUGGAGAAGAGGAAAAGUAGGGGAGAGAACAUGGGGUAGACUGAGAGGAAACGGGAGGGAGGGAAUGUGUGUACGCAUACAAGUAUCGAAAAAUAAUGGAUCGGUUUGCCACCUGUCUGCCGUGGUCAGCAUUGCCGAUGUGCGCUCUGGAA